AGUUCUGUCGUCGUUCUAGCCAUCUGGCAGCUACCAGCAGUUACCUCCCCUCUUCCCAUUCUGCGAAGCUGAGUUAUAGUCAUGCCUGGUUCGUCGUGCAUUACUCUUACGCUGUAGUGUGUAUUGACGCACUACAUAGAGAAGACAGAAUACGUCCAGUCCCCUUUUAAGGCUUUCGUCACCUCCCCAAGACGCAUGCUCUAUGCCGUGGCGUUCUUCCUCGUCUUUGCCUUGAACACUUCACAACUCGGUCUCGUCUCGCAGCAGCUUCACAAUGGCGGAAACGAUUACGCCAACUACCCCGGCAUGGAGUACAAGCAUGAUCUCGGCUUGCUUCUCUUCAGCUGUGUCUUCACCUACUUAUACCUGAUUGGACAUCUAUAUGCCCCUGGUCUCGGUUUAAUCACAUUUUUCACCUUUGUCGGCGCUGUGUUCUGGGGAACCGGCGCAGGUGUUAUGUUUCAAGUCAGCCCCUUCCGGUCCUUCAACUGUGGAAACCCCGCGGACUCGUUCUCACCAAACUGGGCGAGGUUCAUCGAUCAGUGUUCAAGGAUCGUGGCUAUCCAGGGUAUCGCAUGGGCGCUCUGGGGCUUGUUUGUCUUCCUCUUCUUCGGAAUGCUUAUCCACAAGCUAGAAAUCAGGGCUAGGCCCAACGUGACGUUCUACGGGCCGUAGAUAUUGCCAGUCGCGAGGGAACCUAACAUAAAUAACUGUAAAGUUCAACUCUUGUUCAGCGAUGUUUAAUGAUUCAUGCAUAUCAUGACCUAUCUUACUUCAAUCUUGUUGCUAGUAGAAAAAAAAAUUGUUAGCCACAUAACACUUCAAUAGGUUUAGCCUGGUCCCUAAGAGUUGUCAUUGAUGAGGACCAAGGGCACCCCCG